AUGGCAGAAGAGCAGGUAUCAACUGUGAGGAGGGUUAGAAGGCAAGGAUCAUCUGGUUACUAUUGGGAUGAUGAAAUGUUGUCAAGUGAACCACAACAAAAGCAUUCAUUGUUAUCGGAUGAUUUUGAUUUUGAUUUUGAUUUUGAUCAGGGAGAAUCACGAUCACAAAUGGAUGGACAAGAUUCGUCCACAACAACCAUCACCAUUCAUCGGGACCCACCUUCUCCAAGGGACCCUACAUGUGGGUUAUGUAUGUGGUUUUUUCAAGUGGUCAAGAAUUGUCAAGGCUCAAGACAAACCUAG